AUGAAACAGCUCGACACACCAUCAUUGGCACUCAUAUCCCAACUCUCUCCACAAGACCUUCCCUUGCUAUUGGACUUGUUUUAUCUGUCUGAUCCAUGGUCACGCCCCCCAGACUCGGUGAUAAGGCAUGGUUACUUAGAACUGAUGAUUCAGGCUUUGAGCAUGGAAAGGGGCGUAGCAUUGCUCCGUGAAGGGCUGGCGCUCAGCCUAUGGCAUGGUCUUGACAUGAUCUUCAACAAGAAUUAUUAUAAAGCCAAGAUCGUGCCCAAAGUGUCUGAAAGUCUUCAUGAGAACGUAUACAUCAAACAUAUGUUUCCAUAUGUUAUGGGGUCAAAGGGCAUUCUUCAUUUUCCACUGGAGACCAUAUAUCUACAAAUUGUGCUUCGAGCAAUUAAAGUUGUUGUAAAAGAAGUCUUUUGUAAUACUUCAACUGAUACUUUUGAAGAAGUUGACAGGUAUUGUUUGCUGAAAGUCUAUGAAGGGCAUGCGCCAGCUGCACCUGAGUUAGCGUUGGCAAUUGUUCGUGAACAAUUGCUACGCUUUUUCGAAGGUAUUUCGAUGGCAAUACAUUCUGAGCCAUUUUCGUUUGAAGCCAACUUAGUGGGGAUAUUUUUAAAGGUUGGUGGAGGGUAUUUCUACUUGCGACCUCGAUCACGGGCAACUUCAAAUGGACCGUACUAUAGGGUUGAGGCUUUCACACAGGAAGAAGUUUUUCGAUAUCUACAAACGAGUCUAUCACUAGGAACCCAACAGAUCCAGUCAUAUCUUCAACCAGUAGCGCAGGAGUCAAUAUAUUCCGUUGUGCAGCUGGCUCAAUCACUGAACUUGGAAGUGAGGUUUUCUCAAUACGUGUUGAAAUUGAUAAAAUCAACUCACGUUCAGGAAACAGGUAUCGCCUUAUUUCAACGACAUUCCAAGCUUCAGGAGUACUUGAGUAUGUUCGGCAAUUUUGCUAUAUAUUUACCGGUGAUUCAUCGAACAAUGCUGGAAGAAACAUCUCAACUACUUUUGCAGUACUUCAAGUCGAUCGAAUCAUUGAAAAUUUAUAAACUGCCCAACUUCAACGUCGAUUUAACAACAGUUGCUGCCAAUCUUAAUAAAACCCACCAUGUUAUUCCUGUCGAUCAAGCAAGGAGUGUUGAAGUGAUAUCAACCGGUGAGCCAGCAAUCGUAUUGGGUCAAGUCCGUGAUCACCACUGGCUAGUGUACUCGCCGAAGUCUGCAUACAUGGUUCUCGCUGAUGAGUCGAUUCAAUCAUGCCAGAUUACCCCAAGGCAAGUCGCCAAGAUGUGCUCGUGUCAACCUGCUAUUUUUUAUCCAAAUGCAUUCAAAAUUUAA